UGUGUCUGUAAGGUUUUGUGUGUGAGGCUAUCGACGGACGCGUGUGACGUUGUGACGCGCCGGAAUGUUGAUGUGCCGGGUAUCGAUACGGGGUGUUUGCGUGGAUGUUAUGUACUGCAUGCGUAUAUUUUAGAACUGAGCAGAUCUUAGCGCCUGAGAAGGAACCAGGAGUACGCUUGAAUGUUGGGGAGGAGACUGGAUGUAAGCUCUAAGCAGGAUGUCUUUAGUACCGAUUUUCACAAGACCUGUGAGUUCAGAGACUGCAGCUACAGUGUUUUGCAAAUGAAUCAUGGUCAAAUUGUGGCUGCCAGUCAGGCUGCUGCACCACCCUGGUUCACGUGGCGUGUGCUUGUUAUCAACAAGGGUAUUCGCACUGCUUCCAUGCACUGCUCCGAGCCAACAUGCUCCUCCUUCAUUCGUGGCGACUCGAGAGACGAUCCUUCCCCUCCCUCUGCACCUUCUCAUGACCCUCGGCUCACAAAAGCCGGCCCCAGGAAUCACGCGCUAGGCAUGCUCGCACUCGUCGCGAAAGACGAGAGAAGUGCGGGGACUCCGCGUCGGCCCGCACCUGAUAACGUGGGCCCACUUUCAGCCGCAGCUGAAGGACAUGCGAGCUGGCGCAGACACCGAACAUCAUACAUAGUAUCUCGGCGCUUGGCUCGUAUACGACUCACGCGGCUGAAUGGCAGACUCAUAGGCUGUUGAAGAGCUUGACGCUGCGCAGCUUUGCAAUGGGCUUAGAUCGACAUCGCUUGCAGUCGGAAGUGCGAAGUGGUGCACUUCAGCAUUGUGUCGAAUUGUGCCUACGAUUUGACGAACAUCGGUCUUGAGAAAACGACUCUGACCCGCUACGGGA